AAAUUUGGGAUUUUAUGAGUUGUUUGUACCCCAAUGCAUCACUAUCACAAAGUACAAAGUGAAAAUAAUUAAAUACCAGCAGCCAGCUGUUCGGCUAGUUAGUUUGCCUUUAACCAUCCAACUCGAUGCUCUAGCUUCGUGAUCGGUAUUCCCCGACUACGAGAAUUCAUUUAGCGAUCAACUCUGGAGUGAAUUGCUUGCAUUUUACUACGCAAAAUACGCGAAUCGGAAUCAGCUAAACGUUUUCACACUUUAAACAGUGCCGAUUAGCAAUGAACCAGAAAUCGGUUUGCUGCUGUUAUCAACACACGAGAAUCCACGUUCCACGAGCAUAAUGCUUGCGCUGGUUUGGAUGAUUUGUGCCGCGAGCAACAUUGCGUUGGCGACCUCCUACGUGAUAAAGCCCAGUGGAAAAAUAACCAUCUCGCCGAGUGUUGUAGAUCUGGACAGCAACGUCACGUUCUACACCGUUAGCUGCCGGCUUGAUAAUGUGCAGGAUGGACUGGACAGCAGUUCGCUGUUUAUUGAGCUGCAAAACGAGAGGAUUAAGUCGGAGAUUCUCAACGAAAGCACAAUCGUCGCGGUGCAACAGGUCAACGGUGCAGUGCUGGAAAAGUGCGGCGUUCGGAAGUACAUUUGCUACAGCGGAGGAUCCGGGCUGGACGUAGCCAGGGUCACCGUUGGGUGGAUUCCGGCGAAGAUUCUCCCGGCGGAGAUCCGGUGCAUUUCCGAGGAUUUGCGUGACCUGCGGUGUGAAGUGCCUAUUAAACGUCCGUGUGAUCUGGAGACGAGCUACAAGAUGAUGAUGAAUUACCGUUUUGGGAGUAGUUUGUGCAGUGUCGAAGUGGUUGGGGGUAGUUUGGUGUAUGAUAGUAGUGAUGAGAAUCAGCGAUGUAUGUACAGGAAUGGGGUGGAGGUUUUGAGGUUUGAAUUGGAAGUCAUCAACGCGAUCGGAAGAAGAGUUACGUCGUUUGAGUUGAACAAUUAUGAUCUUGUGAGACCUGGACCGGUUGGUCGGUUACGAGUGACUAACGUGACUAGCAGAGAUUUGGAAAUACGAUGGGUUGAGGAGAUGUCGUUGGACCACUUACAGCGUACCUUUGAGUACCAGUUCCAGUUGAUCUCUGAUUAUGGAAGUAACAUAAGCACAGUCGAGAAGACUCUUACUAUGAUUUACCAGUAUUCAAUGAAUAAUCUUCAACCCUUCACAAACUACACUUUGAAAGUGAGACUUCGAUUGGUUCCAAAGUCAGCAAGAUCAUUCGAUGAUCAGUACUGGUCAGAAUGGAGUUCGGUUUCGUUCAAAACUUUGGCCAGCAAACCAGACCAAGCUCCGAAGACAGUCCCAGGAGCGUUUAGCUUCAAAUCUUGGCAUGGUAAGCUAGCAACGUUCGAUGUCUACUGGGAACACAUUCCUGAAUAUCAUCAGAAUGGACCCGGAUUCAGGUAUAACGUCUCUGCAGUAUCGGAUACCGGACAGACAUUCCACCCAGUUCAAAGUCCUGCGACAUCACCCGUUGCAACAUUCGAAAACAUGAGCAAUGCUCACUAUCGAGUCUUAAUAUCCUGCUACAACGACGAAGGAUCUGUCGAAAAUCCCAACGAAUUACACGUGUUCCCUCCCAACCCAUCCAAUCAACCAAAGAUCAAACGAGUCCUCAACAGUGCCCACUUCGAGGUGUCCUGGCACGCACCAACCCACCAACAAGAUUUAACCAGUUACACCGUAAUGUACUGCAACUAUACCUCCGCAAACGUCUGCCAAGACUCGAUCCGAUUCGCCUCGGUUCCACCAAACACCACCAAACUCAGAAUCUCCUCAACCUCAACCCUAAACUUUGCCGUGUCGGCAAACUUUGCCCACUUUUCAACACCCCUGUCCUGGCAGGAGUGCAUCGUGUCCCCGGCGGACGUCGGAAUCGGACAGCCAAAGUUCGACGUCAUCGAUGUGCGGGGAGAUUCGCUCGUGUUGCUGUUCAACACCGGCUGCAUCGAGCGAUCCUUCUACGACCGGAUGAGGCUGUUGGUGUGGAAGGGGUCGGAUGUGGUUUUGCGGGCUGAUUUCGAGCCGUAUCGGGAUCGGUUUGCGGUACAGGGAUUGUCGCCAGGGACGGAGUAUGCAGUCCAGGUGUUGGCGUACGACGGACUUGGAAUGGUUCAGCACACACGGACGGUGGUCACAAAGGCUGACAAUGAUUCAACGGAGAGUAAUAGUUCGGUGUUUGAUUAUCCGAUCCAAAAUUUGAACCCGUUCACCGAGUACAAGCUUGGAGUGCGACUUCGAGUGGUUCCUCGCAGCGUUCGACUGCUGGACGAGGAGUACUGGUCCAGCUGGAGCUGGACCUUCUUCAAAACCAAGGCUCGAAAGCCGGAUGUAGCUCCCAGAACGAUUCCCGGAGCGUUCAGCUUCAAGGACCAAAAGGGAGAUCGAGCGACGCUCGAGGUGUACUGGGAACCAAUGCUGGAAAGUCAGUGGAAUGGUCCGGGAUUCCGGUAUAACGUAUCGGCAGUUUCGGAUUCUGGUCAGUGGUUCAUUACCGUCAACGAUUCUAGAGAUUUGCCUUAUGAAGUAGCCACUUUCGAAGACAUUACACUAGAUCACUAUCGAAUCCUGGUGUCAUGUUACAAUGACAAAGGAUCUUUCCAGGGUUCUAACAUAAUGGAAGUGUUCCCUCCAAAGCAUGAUCUCAAACCUAAAAUUAAAAAAGUAUCAAAUAACAGACAGAGCUUCAACGUAUCGUGGUAUCCACCAUCUGUCCAAACCGGUAUCUCAAACUACACCGUAAUGUAUUGCAACCUAACAUCGUCGUCUUCCUGCAAGGAUUCCAUCCGCUUCGUCACCGUUCCAUCAACCAACACCAGCUUCAGCGUGUCCUCCCCAACCGUACUUAACUUUGCCGUAUCAGCAAAUUACCCAAACCACUCGUCGGAUUUCUCCUGGCAACAGUGUCUCGUCUCUCCGGGGGCCGACAUCGGUUCACCCCAGUUCGACCCGUGCAACGUUACGGACACCUCCUUCGACAUCCGCCUGACAACGGCGUGCUCCAGCAGUUCCCUGUACGAGCUGCUCGAAGUUUACGUACUGACCAUGAACGGAAGCCACAUUUGGAAUACAAGUUUGGAACAACCUCAGGAAAGAAUCUCAUUUGGAGAUUUGUCACCCGAUACGGAGUAUGUCGUGAAGGUUGUGGCAUUCGAUGAGAGUGGGAAUCCUCACGAAACUUCAAAAACUGUGCAAACUGCUCCAAAAUUCACAAAACUGCAGCUGACGCUGUUCUUCCUCUGCGGAGUGCUGCUGGUAUCCGCGCUGACCAUGGGAACCACCCGGAAGGUGAACAGCCUGAGGAACAUCCACGUUGAAAUGCCCGUUGCGCUGCAGACUCUGUUUGGGAUCGAUGGGGAAGAGACGAAAAUGAUUCUCAGAUCAGACUUUACAGAAAACGUUGAAAGAACUCCCAGGAUUUAUGUUGAACUGCCCAGCAAAGGAUACACCAAUAUCUCAAUGGUGAUACCGGAAGAGGACGAUGAAAUUGAGGAUGGUUCUUUACUUAAGGUGGAAGCAGUUCGGAGUUCAAACGACGUCUUCAAGGAAAAAUUAAGAGAUACAACAUUAAAAGCGUCAGAUGAACUUCAAGCUGAGAAUAUUCAACCGAUACAAUCAAAUGGUUACGUUUUGGCAGCACAAGUCAUGACACCCAAAGAGAAUUCAGCUCCACAACUUCCGAAAAAUGUGACGAUUGGGUCAGCUUCUGGAUACGUUGUUUUUAAAUAAAGAACUAUCUUCAUUCAAUCAUUUGGCCGAAAUCAAGUUUCUGAGAAAUGUUUUAUUUUUAGAAAUAAAGAAUCAUAACAACCUACCAAAGUGAUUUUGGUGCCUGCCAU